CCCAUGUUAAUUAGAUCUUUUCUUCUUGUUUUGAUCAAUACUACCUGCUAUCAAAAUAUGUGACUUUUUUUCAACAUCCUGUAUAUAUUCAGUACUCUGAGGCUGGUAGUCAUAGUCGAUUCUUAUUUUAAAAUCACCUUAAGUAAUAUCUUAAGAUGCUAAUAUGGCUUUUUGAUUGGUUAAUAACAUCUUAAGAUUGCACUUUGAAUAAUCUUAAUAAUAAGAAUUGAUUAUGAAUACCUCAUAUUAGAAUAUGAUUUGUCAAUUCUUAAAGGCUCUCUACAAAUAUUGCACAGUAGUAUUUUUUUUACAAGGGUACCGUUUGUUGAUUCAAAAUAACCACCAUAAAAGUGUUAUGUGAAACAAAAUAUUUGUACAUUAGACAUAUCUUCAACUUAUAUAUAAGUUUUUAUAAAAUAAUUCGUAAAACUAUUUAUAAGUACAAAUCGCAAAGGAAAAUGUAUUUUACGCGUAAUCGCACGAAAUAGUAGGUAUCACUUUACAUUUAUGUAAAGUAACAUAUAAAUAUUUUAAUAAAUCUAUAACCCUAAAUACAGAUAAUGAUAUGAACAUCAAAAUAGUUUUCGUACCUUACAACUUUUAUUAUCUUAAUAAAUUUCCGCAAUAACGUAUGUAGUAACUACAAGGAGAAAUAACUAGCUAGAUCAACGGUUUAAAGUAUGUAUGUAACAUCAGCGCUUAAGCUUAUUUUUUGUUAUUUACAAUUCACGUGAUUUUUUUCAGUAGGGUAAGCCACUUUUAGAGAAUAAUAAGAACGAUUCUUGAACAUAUUCAGUUUUGGAUUUGAUACCAAAACUUCCUUUCCGAGAAAAAUUUCACUCGAAAUAGUGCAUUGAGCAUAUACUAUAUUAUAAAGUAUACUAUAUUAUAUUUAGUCAAAUUUUCCUCGGAGAGGAUAUUCUGAAAUGUAACUUAGGUCAUUAGGCAAGAGUUUCAUAUAAGAUAAAUUUUUGUUUAUUGAAAUGUUCAUAUAAAAAGCAGUGCGAAGACAUGACUACGUUUACACAUCGCCAUUAAUAGAGUUUAGUAACAUCCAUGGUUAUGAAAUUGGCCAAUCACAGACAUUCCAUUCUUCAGAGGUAUACUUAAUAUUGGUCAAAGUGAUCCUGGUCACUUUUUUGGCUUGAACUUGUCCUGUAAUUGGCCUGUUGCUUUCUAUCUAACGGCAAAUUUUUCUGCGUUUCAUGAACGGUAGUCAUUAAAAAAACACCGCGUUUGAAAAAAUACCGCGCGCGGGAUACCACUGAACGGAAUUAGUACUUCAAUUGUUUUUGUCCAUGGGAGCCUAAUGCCUGGCUAACGACUAACGUAAAGCUUCAUUGAAUAAUUUUAUUAUAUUCGUACAUUUUGACUGGUCUACAAGUGAAAAAUGUCACAGUAUACAUUAUUAUUAUGUCAUCAUAAUAAAUAUUAUGUGUCAAGCAAUACAAGAGAGCUAUACGUUAAAUGUGUUGUUGACGAGAAUCGCAAAGAAAAAUGUAUUUUACGUGUAAUCGCACGAAAUAGUAAGUAUCACUUUAUAUUUAUGUAAAGUAAUAUAAAUAUUUUAACAAAUCUAUAAUCCUAAAUACAAAUAAUGAUAAGAACAUCAAAAUAGUUUUUGUACCUUACAACUUUUUUUAUCUUAAUAAAUUCAGGCAAUAAUUCCGGUGUUAACUUGUGAUUUUCGAAAUAAUUAAACCUGAAAAUUUAUUUUACAGAAAAUAAAUAUCAACUUAUAAAAAUUGCUAAAAAUUUAAACACAAAUAUGCCAAGAAUUGCUUUACAAAAUAUAAAAUUAGUGACUGAUGCUAAAAGUAUCAUUAAAGAAGUACAGCAUGUCAGUAGUGUUAAUAAGCAUAUCACUAGUUCGAUUAACUGCAUAGACUUUGAGAAGAAUACAAUAUCUUUUGAUAAAAGAUCUGAUCGCAAUACAGUAAACGAUGGUGAGAGUAACAUUAGUAAUCCUGUGAUACGUACUGACUCUGAUAAGAUAGCAUUUAUCAAUAAUUGUGAUAAUAAAGAUAAUAGAGAAAAGACUGGAAAUCUGAACGUAACAUUUUCUUUUGAUAGGAGCAAUAAUUUAGAAAGGGUUGAUGAUAUUAAUGCCACAAAUUCCAUGAAUGGAAACAUUUCUGAUAAUACAUCUUCCUACAACAAUGGUAAUCAUAUCAUGAUGGACAAUGAGAAAAAUUCUAGCAUUGAUUUUAUAGCUAAUGUUGAACCAAAUAGUAGUGAAGUGAGAGAUGUUAACUAUUCCAUGAACGUUAAUGAUAACAUAUGCAAUACAGUAAACGAUGGUGAGAGUAACAUUAGUAAUCCUGUGAUACGUACUGACUCUGAUAAGAUAGCGUUUAUCAAUAAUUGCGAUAAUAAAGAUAAUAGAGAAAAGACAGGAAAUCUGAACGUAACAUUUUCCUUUGAUAAGGGCAAUAAUUUAGAAAGGGUUGAUGAUAUUAAUGCCACAAAUUCCAUGAAUGGAAACACUUCUGAUAAUACAUCUUCCUACAACAAUGGUAAUCAUAUCAUGAUGGACAAUGAGAAAAAUUCUAGCAUUGAUUUUGUAGCUAAUGUUGAACCAAAUAGUUGUGAAGUGAGAGAUGUUAACUAUUCCAUGAACGUUAAUGAUAACAUAUGCAAUGGCAAUGAUCUUAGUAUACUAGAUAAUAUUAUCGAUAUCAACAAUUCUACGAAUAUCAAUUUUGAUGAUGUAUUGUCUUAUGGGAAUGACAAAGGCUGUAAAUUUUUAGACGAUAAUAAUAUCAAUGCUAUAAAUAGUCAUAAUUCUGAUAACAAUGAAUUAUUUGUUAACCUCAAUGGCAGUGGCAAUAAUUCUGAGACAGGUAUUGUUAUCAACGGUGACCUUAUAUUUCCCUUUGACAUUAACUCUAAUAUAUUGGAUGAUGAUAAUGCUACUGCCAAAACUUCUGCGAGUUCCAGUAAUAAUGUUGAUAUGAUCCUCCCUUGUAAUGACACAAGUGAUAAUAUUGCUUCUGCAACAAAUAUAACAAAUAUUUCUGAAUAUCUACCUUCAACAUCAGAAACUACAGUUGAAACAGAAAUUGUAGAAUGUGAAAGAAAUCAUGUUUCUACAAAUAAUGAUAAAAAUUCUUCAGUGUCCCUGAUAGACAUUUCUUCUGUAAAUGCAUUUGGUUGUAGAGAAGAAAAUUUAAGUAUUCCAUUUUCUCAACCUAAAGGACUUCAAAAAAAGAAUUUUUGCUACUACUGCAAAAAGUUUCAAAGUAAAAUUGCACGCCAUUUAGAAAAUGUACAUAAACUGGAACCUGAAGUGCAGAAAUUCAUAUUAUUGCCAAAAGGCAAUUUAGAAAGAAAAAAAAUUAUAGAAACUAUUAGAAAGAAAGGAAAUUUCAUACACAAUACGGAUCCUUCUUUAAACACGGGUACGUUAGUUGUUUGCCGAAGGCCUGCUGAGAAGAGUGGAAAAAGUAUAAAAGACUAUACGUGUUGUGCAAAAUGUAAAGGAUGGCACGUUAAAAAUAAUAUUAGACACCAUUUUAAAGAAUGUGCACAUGUACCCAAAGGCAGAAAUGUUCAAAUUUUGGGACGUGCGGUGAUGGGAAGGAUUCAUGAAUGUGCAAGUGAAACAGUAAGAAAGUUUUUAUUUCCAGUUUUAAGGGAAGAUGAUGUUACACGAUGUAUCAGAUAUGAUAAAUUAUUAAUAACAUAUGCAAAUAAGCUAUGUAUCAAGUACACUCAUCAACAUCAACAAGAUAUGAUACGUGCUAGGCUUCGAUUAUUAGGACGGUUUCUUAUCGCAAUAAAAGAAUAUAACUCUAUAGUAACAGAAUUUUCUGACAUAUACAAUCCUGCGGUAUACGAUGAUUGUCUUAAAGCAGUAAAUAAAGUAGCUGAUUUUAAUUGUAUUACUAAAAAAUUCGGUGCCCCAUCAGUUGCGUCAAAUAUUGGAACAUAUUUAAAACACAUCGGUAAUUUAUUAAUAACAGAGAACAUAAAAACAAAUGACAAAGAAAAGCAAGAAAAAACUGAAAAUUUUUUAAAAAUAUUGCAAGAAGAUUAUGGAACAUCUAUUAACAAAAUAGUAGAAGAAAAUAUAACGCAACAUAAAAGACAGAAGAAAGUUACACUACCAUCUAUGGAGGAUAUAAAGAAGUUACAUUCAUAUUUAUCGAAUCAAAGAAGAUUAUUAUAUACAAAGCUUCAAAAGAAAUUCACGUUCCACAUAUGGCAGGAUUUUGCAAAAGUUACACUUACAUCCACACAAGUUUUCAAUAGGAGAAGAGCUGGAGAAAUUGAACGUGUUACCAUAGAAGACUUUAAUACUCGCGAAGGCAUAACAAAAAAAAAUUGUUCAGAUUUAUAUAAAACAUUAAAAACAAAUUUAAAACAGAUUGCUGAUAAAUAUGUGAGGUUCUUAAUUCGUGGCAAAUUGGGGCGCACAGUGCCUGUGAUUUUAGACAUGGAAAUAGUUCAGUGCAUUGAACUAAUUUUAAAAUAUCGAAAGGAUGCAAACGUUCCUCAAAAUAAUCCUUACGUAUUUGGAAUACCUAAUUAUAGCAAUAAGCGCAAUUUCAAAUAUUUAAGAGCAUGUGUUCUUAUGCGGAAUUUCUCUAAAAAGUGCGAUGCACAGAUGCCACAUGCAUUAAGAGGUACUGAAUUGCGAAAACACAUUGCUACGACAUGUAUUACGUUGAAUUUAUCUGAAAAUGAAGUAGAUGAUUUGGCAAACUUUAUGGGGCAUCACGAAAAAAUUCACAAACGCCACUAUCGACAGUCUAUACCAGCGGUAGAAAUUAUUAGAAUGACCAAAUUUCUGGAAGCAGCAUUAGGUGAAGAUGCACAACAGUCCAAUGCUAAUGAUCCAGAAGAGACAGUAAAAGAUUCCUCGAGUGAAAGAGAAGAAAGCGAUUCUGAAAAGAGUGAGAUAAAUGAAUCCUUGUCAGUGCAGUCUGAAAGCAAAUUUUUUGAAACUAACAUAACAAAAAGGCGAACGCAACAAAAGUCUGCCAUUUUGAAUAAUGAUUAUAAUUCCGAUGAAAUUUAUAUUCCUAAGAUGAAAAAACGUCGUAGUACAUCUCCAUUUGGCAUAACAAAAAGAAGACAUUGGACAGAAGAAGAACGUAAUACAAUAUUCAAAGAAUUUGCAAAAGAAAUUGCUAUUUCUCAAUUGCCAUCUGCUAAGAAAAUUGUCCAAGUAAAAGAUAGAAAUAAGUGUUUGGUUAAUCGAUCUGUUGCUCAAAUUAAAACAUGGAUACAUAACUAUAUAACUGGCAAAAUUAAACGUAUUUAAUUUUGCCAGUUUUUUAUUGCCAGUGAUAGUUAUAUGCUUGCCAGUUGUGCAGGUGACUCAGUACAACUACGCGUUCUUGUAAAGACGUGUUCUUAGUUGAAUUUUGAGACGAUUUUUCCUCUACGAAAUUUUUGUCCGAUGCUUACUUUUUGAAUGAUAACAGGGUAUAGUUAGCGAACCUCUGCUUACUUCUUGCUCACGGUCUGUAAUACGCUAACUUUAUCAUGUUACAAUUCAAAAAGUAAGCGUCGAACAAAAAUAUCGUAGAGGAAAAAUCGUCUCAGAAUUCAAUCAAGAACACGGACUUUGCAAGGACGCGUAGUUGUAUUAAAUUACCAUGUAUAGUUACAUGCUUGUCAGUUAUUUUUUGUUUUGUUCAAUAUUUUUAAUACUUAUGAAAUUGUUUAUUUGUCAUAUGUGAUGUCUCUAUUUAAAAAAAAAAAUCAAGUCAUGAAGAGCAUUUAUUGCAUUAUAUUGUCAAAAACACAGAAAGUUGAAUUGAGAUUACUUUGUAUUAAUUUAAACAGACUUGUGAUGCAAACAGACUUUAUAAUAUUAAACUAUGUAACAUUUCACAUGAGGUCUGUUUUUUUAAUUAAACUGACUGCACUACUUCACAGUUCAUUCUUUUCUCUUCUUGUUGAAAGAAGGAAGAUAAAUUCUGAACAAUGCAGAUUAGAACAAUCAGUUCAGCUAAAAAGAAUAAACAUAUUCAUAUUCUUGACCUUUCAAUUGCAGAAGCACUUCCUUUUAUAGAUAUGCACAAUUUUCAUGGAAAUAAACGCUGUAAUAAUCUGAGCAUAUCAAAUAUUUUGCUAAAAAUAAUUAAGUAUUGUAUUUAUAUCAAAAUAGUUGAAAUGCCUAGUGUAAACGAAGUAUUAAGCGAUUUAAUACGGAUAUAGUAUUUAAGUUGCAUUCUAAAAUUCUGAGUGUACUGAAAACUUAUCGUUUACAUUACAUAUGUAUAUUCAGUACUCUGAAGCUGAUAUUCAUUGUUGAUUCUUAUUUCAAGAUCACCUUAUGUAAUGUAAAGAUGCUAAUACAGCUCUGAUUUGUUGAUAACAUCUUAAGAUUGCACUUUGGAUAAUCUUAAUAAUGAAUUGAUUAUGAAUACCAACCUGAUUGAAUAAUGGAAUGCACCCUUAAUACGCGCAUCAAUGUUAAGGGCUUUCUACAAUAACUCAUUAACUAUUAGUUGUAAACGUAAACCGUAAGAAUUGACCAAUUAGUUGUCGAAUAUUCUCCUCACAUUAGAAUGUGAUUGAUCAAUUCUUACGGUUUACGCUUAUGAGUAAUGAUUAAUGGCUUAUUGUAGAAAGCCCUUGAGUAUCAGGUUACGGUUUCACUCGUUUAGGAAAUGUGUUUGAUGUAGUUUAUUUAUAUGUGAUGGUAUAUUGUUAAUUUCAAUAAUACAAUGCGGUUAUCGUUUAUUGAUUUAAAAUAACCACCAUAAAAGUGUUAUGUGAAACAAAAUAUUUGUACGUUACAUAUUAUAUCUUCAAUUUAAAUAAAUAAAAGAGUUUCUAUAAAAUUCUUAAAACUUUUAAUGUAAAAUAUCACAAUUUAUGGUUGAGAAAACAAGUUGGAUUAUGCAAUUGAGUGUAAGUUGAAAUUAAAAUUAAUGUAUAUUACUAAAAAGAAAUCAAGUUAUCAACAAGUCAGAGCCAUAUUAGCAUCUUUACAUCACAUAAGGUGAUCUUGAAAUCGACAAUGAAUACCAGUCUCAGAGUACUAAAUAUAUGUAAUGUAAACAAUAAGUUUUCAGUACACUCAGAGAAUUUUAGAAUGCAACUUAAAUACUAUAUCCGUAUUAAAUCCGCUUACUACUUUUGUUUACACUAGGCAUUUCAACUAUUUUGAUAUGAAUACAAUACUUAAUUAUUUUUAGCAGAAUAUUUGAUAUGCUCAGAUUAUUUCAAGUAAUGUAUUGUAGACAAUUACUAACAUCGUUCCAUAACCUAAUAUAUAUGCUGGUAUAAACAGUCGAAAAACUGGCUAAGGCAACCAAACAUGGUUCAAAAGUGCGUUGCAAUGUGUGAUUGUUAACCAGAUAUUGGAAAUGUGCGCUAACAGCUUCUAAUAGCGGACUGAAAAUUUGAUGUUCCUCCAACAUCGUCACUUAUUACAUUACAAUCUUCUCUCUUGAAGUCUAAUUUUUCCAGGACAACUUCGCAUUAUAUCCAAUGGCAUACGUUUAUUGGGACUUGAUAGAAUUUUCAACAGUUUCUUGAUCUUGCCGAGUCGACAUCUGACAGAAAAUAAACAAAUAAAAAUAUUAUAUUAUUUAUUUGAAUCGUUAAUCAGAAAAACAAUAUAAUACCAAAAAAUAUAUUUCCUUUUGUAAUGCUGACAACAUUUAUGAAAACAAUUCUACACAUUUGUGUUAUAUAUAUUCAAAGCUUUAUAACAUAUUUUUUAAUAUAUAAAUUUUUAUAGAUUGGACCUAUUUUUCAGUAAAAUAAAUUUUUGAAAAUUUUUUGGUA